UGCCGUGUUCACCGGGGUUGGGCAGCGAGCCAAAAGCGGUCGCAAGUGUGGUUACACUUUUCAAAACCUCGCUUGCUCAAAAAAAUGCUGGCUGCACUAUUUGUAAUGCAGAAAUGCAAAGCUGGCCAGGCCCAACAGGUUUCACACGUGUUUCCUCCGAGACAUUUUAGUGCAAAAUACUCCUGCAUGAGGCGCAUUGUCCUGCUACUCAAAUUAGAAUAGAUUCAACUUUAAUUAUUUUGCUUUUUUUUGUGAGUAUAAGUUGACCUCAGACAAGUAUUCAAUCGAAACAGUUUAAAGGGAAAAAAACACUCUUUGGUGGAUUUGUUUAUAAUUCCAAGACACAUUCAAACUGUUCACUGAUUGUUAUGGGUUAGGGUCAUAAGUCAAAAAAGGUUGUGAACAGCUGGUUUAGAGCUAAAUGAUAAAUGCUGGCUUUUAUAAAAUGUUGAUGGAUCUUGUCUUCUUUUUUUUUAAUCUGCAAUAUGUGACCGAUUUCCUGGAUACUGAGGAAAGACGUCGGCUGUAUUUCUAAGAAUCGCUUCCUGUUGGAGUCUUGUGCUUCUCAUCAUUUCCUGUUCAGUAUUUAAGAAGCCAUAUCCAUCUCUGUGACAAACAAAGCUUCCGUCUGACGUCCUCUGCUGUUUUUAAAUGCAGAACCUUUUCAGCCUUGAUUGCAAUUUGUUUUAGUUGGGCUUCACAGAACAGCUUUACACAUUCACUCAGCUCUUUAAACUAACGGGUUACAGUUUUAUAUAUUCUCGCCAAAACAUGCCGUUUCUCUCAAAAACACAAGGAUUACGAUCAAGUUUUGUCGUGCAGAGUCGUUCCUUACAUUUCUAAAAACUUUCUGCAGCCCUUCUCAUGUCCACCUGCUGGAGAGAACAUGCAACAGCGUUUUCGUUUAAUUUUAGUGGAUAAACUUAAAUGGAAAAUAGAUGCUGAUGUUUAUCGGAAUUGACUACAGAAUUUGCUGAAAUCUCCAUAGAGAUGAAUUGCAUCCAUGAUAUUCUAUAUGUAUUCAGCCUUCUAUAAUUAGAAGCAGGAUAUACCCAGAAUGCAUACUGAGAAACUACAGGGUCCAAAAUAUGAGGACAUUACACCCAGAAUAUGCGAUACGUGUUUUUCGUUCCUGUUGUGUCGAUUUCUCCAUCGUUACUGUUUUCGCAACGGGUUCAAUUUUCUGCUUUUGUUUCUGCAUCCGUCGGAGUCAUUUGACCACUCAGAGCCACUGUCAAGGCAAACGUCAUUAUCCACAAUGAGAGAUUAGACAGUAGUGACUGUGCUUUAGGUAGCUAAUAGAUACAGUAGCUUCUUGCUGAUGUCAUUCAUCAACAUUAGCAUUUCGAAACGAAUGUAUUCCUCUGGAAGACUUUUUAACCAGAUGUUGGAAACUGUUUGCUCCCGUUCAGCCACAAGAGCAUCAGUGAGGUCCAACACUGAUGUUUCUUCAUGAAUUCAUGUUGAAACAGGAAACAGGACAAACUCAGAUGUCAGCUGAUCAUUUCUCCAAAGAAGAAGAGUCACCACACUGUUUUUUUGUUUUUAACUGCCUGGCUGGAUAUAUAUUUUGACUCAUUGUGUUCACUUAUCCACGGUCCUUUCAUGUCUGUCCAUUUCUAACAGGGCCGGAGGUGCGGAGACAGUUCCCUGAAGACUACACGGACCAGGUUUGGAAGACUUCAUAUACUGUGCUUCCUGUCUCAUGUUGUUGUUCCUUGGUUUCUUUUUCACCUGUACUUCUUUUUCUUGUUCUCAUGUGUUGUGCACAGGCUGAACUUUAAUCAAUGCACGUACCACUGUUGUGUACCGGUUUUUAUUCAUGUCAGAUUGAAAUCUUGGGUGACCUGGAAACGCAAGCGAUGACAUUUUUCGUUGGUCUCUUUGUCCAUGUGUGCUUUGCUCUUUCCCUACUCAAUCACAGAUCAGUUCCUCCACACUGCAUCCUUCCCAUCAGCCCCUCGAUCGCCUCUCACUUUAACACAGUAGAAACUUAUUGUUACAUAUUGAUGAUGAUGAUCCAUGUAACUCGACUCUAUUAUCUGUCAUCUGGGUCUUACAGGAGACUCUUCAGACUGUGCCCAAGUUCUGCUUCCCCUUCAACAUGGACAGUCUGACAGUCAACCAAGUCGGCCAGAACUUCACAUUUGUGUUGACCGACAUCGAGAGCAAACAGAGAUUCGGCUUCUGUCGCCUCUCCUCAGGUGCCCACACCUGCUACUGCAUUCUCAGCUACCUGCCCUGGUUCGAAGUCUUCUACAAGCUGCUUAAUAUCCUUGCUGAUUACACCAUCAAAGGCCAGGAAAGCCAAUGGCAAGAGUUCCUGGUGUCUCUACACACGCUCCCCAUCCCUGAGCCCGGGGUCCCCGUUCAUCUCGGUGUGCAUUCCUUCUUCACUGUGCCUGACACAAGGGAACUCCCCAGCAUACCUGAGAAUAGAAACUUAACAGAGUACUUUGUAGCAGUAGAUGUCAAUAACAUGCUUCACCUGUACGCUAGUAUGCUUUAUGAACGCCGAGUCCUCAUCUGCUGUAGCAAGCUAAGCACUUUAACAGCUUGUGUCCAUGGGUCUACGGCCAUGUUGUAUCCAAUGCACUGGCAACACGUUUACAUUCCUGUCCUGCCUCAACAUCUACUGGAAUACUGCUGUGCCCCAAUGCCGUACCUCAUCGGAGUGCAUUCCAGUCUGAUGGAGAAAGUUCGAGGGAUGGCUCUGGAUGAUGUGGUGGUCCUGAACGUGGACACGAACACCCUGGAAACACCCUUCGAUGACCUCCAAAGCCUGCCCAACGAUGUGGUCUCAUCUCUAAAGAGUCGUUUGAGGAAGGUUUCAACAACGACCGGGGACGGUGUGGCCCGAGCCUUCCUCAGGAGUCAGGCGGCUCUGUUCGGCAGCUACAGAAACGCUCUGCAGAUUGAGUCGGGAGAGCCAAUAACAUUUAAUGAGGAAACCUUCGUGACUCAUCGUUCCAGUGCCAUGAGGCAGUUCCUCCAGAACGCCAUCCAGCUGCAGCUCUUCAAACAGUUCAUUGACGGCAGAUUGGACUUGUUGAACUCAGGAGAGGGUUUCAGUGACAUUUUUGAGGAGGAGAUCAACAUGGGCGAAUAUGCAGGCAGUGACAAGACCUACCAUCAGUGGCUGUUCACUGUGAAGGUGAGCUGGUCUGAACGCUUCUACCCACACCGACAAAACUUUGCUCGAAAGAAUACAUUGCGUGUUUCUUUUUGUAUUUCUCAUCAUCAUUUGUGUUUGCUUUGCUAACAGAGUGGUGCCAAUGCACACUGUAUGUCUGUCCAUCAAUCCAUCCAACCACUCAACAGCUACUGGCCAGAUUAGAGUCUUAAGGCCUUAGUGUUCGUAUGUGUCAUCCGCUAAAAAUCGUUAUGCACAGAAACCUUGCCCACUUAGUCCACUGCCUUUUAUUACUCUUUGCUUUCUGCCGGGAGACAAAUGAAUGAAGUCAAUCAGCUUAUCGGAUGCCAUUUCUGAUGAUACCUGUUCUUUUAGAGAUGUCUCUGUAUAAACGUGAAUGACACAAUAUGAGGUGGUAUUUCUGAGGGCGAUACAGUAAUAUGUCCAUCACUAACAGAUGUUCUGAGGGCGGUACAGUAAUGUGUCCAUCACUAACAGAUGUUCUGAGGGCGGUACAGUAAUGUGUCCG